AUGUUGUUCCCAAGAUGUGAACAAGUGGAAAAGCAACAAACACUUUCCGAGAUGUCACGUCCCAAAACACCAAGUUAUACAAUAUGGCAAAAUGAAAUGCUUAUGAAUGGCAUCAGCAAAACUCAUACAUUUAAAUUGAAAUCUAUUCUGACUUUGGCUUGCAAACAGUCGCUGGAGAAUAAAUAA